AUGUCUUCCUUUCGGUUAAAGAAAACUUCAAAGACCUCGACGUCAGAAGCACAUAACAACACAUCUCUAGCAAUUACUUUGCAGAACAACACAUCUCUAGCAAUUACUUUGCAGAACAACACAGCUCUAGCAAUUACUUUGCAGAACAACACACCUCUAGCAAUUACUUUGCAGAACAACACAUCUCUAGCAAUUACUUUGCAGAACAACACAUCUCUAGCAAUUACUUUGCAGAACAACACACCUCUAGCAAUUACUUUGCAGAACAACACAGCUCUAGCAAUUACUUUGCAGAACAACACACCUCUAGCAAUUACUUUGCAGAACAACACAUCUCUAGCAAUUACUUUGCAGAACAACACAUCUCUAGCAAUUACUUUGCAGAACAACACAUCUCUAGCAAUUACCAACACCUAA